AUGCAGAAUGUUUUCGCCAAGGUCAAUGAGGAAAUGAUUGACGAGAUGCUCGAUAACUUCAGGAACAACGAGCGCGAGCUGAUCGACGGGAUCCUCAACGAUUACGGGCACUUGGGGAUCAGCCAGCCGAACGGUUGGUCACCUGCCCAGAUGGACUUCGACGGCGGUUCUCCAGUCACCGCCGUUGAGCCCGGCGCCAAGGGUGCUCCAUCGUCCAUUGGCGGCACAAACGGUUCCAGGGAAGGAGCAAAGCCGGCAACACCCUUGGUGCGGGCUUCCUCCUGUGCCCAUCUAACUCCCGGGGCGUUUAAGUCCGCGUCGAAAGCUGGAGCUGAGUUCAGCGGCAGGCUUAACAGAGACCUCCCACGAACCGGCUCUAUCGGCAGCACUUGGCCUACUGGAAACUUCGUUACCAUGUCGAGUGCUAAAUGCGUGUUUUUUGACGAGUUGUGCGAAAACAUCGUAACCAACUCCAAGACUGGGAGCUGGUGUGCUUUCGGUCACGCCCUUUGCGCAAAGUGUACCACCCAGUAUGUUGGAGAGACCCUCCUACCGUGGGGUAUCGUGUGGUGGGACAGGAUUAGGUGUGUGGAUCCGGAAUGUGACGCCCACAUGGUCGGCCUGAGUGUUCAGCUUUGUCUCGACAGCGAUCUACGGAGCCACAUCGAUGCUGCUCAGCUGGAGGUUGUGCCUAAUAUCGGACCAGAAGCCAGGCGUGAACGUGAACGUGCGGCACGAACGGCCGAAGAUCGUGCGUCGGUGGCAACCGUAGCCAAAAGUACCAAGAGGUGUCCGAAUUGCGGGGUGGCGACGGAGAAGAUCGGCGGCUGCAAGCACAUCAAAUGUAGAUGCAGACACGGAUACUGCUGGGAUUGUCUGAUCGAGUGGAAACCGGGACACCUCAGUGUCCCUUGCGCGCCACCUUAG